AUCAACCGGAGAGGAGUGAAGGGACGGAUCUCCGGUCGGCGGCUGUCAGCUGUCUCUUUCACCCUGAACCCAGCAGAGGAAGAGGAAGAGGAGGAAGAGGAGGACCACGAUGUGCACCAGCGUCCAGCCUGUUGAAUGGACCGCCGACAUCAAGAACCAGAAUUUCGAUGGCAUCGUGUUGGUGACCCAGAGCCACGACACUCUGCCCGCUGAGCUCGAGUGUCUGAAAGCACCACUGCAGGACUACAGCUCUGUGGACAGCGGUCUUGGAGAUGAGGUAGUGGUCGUGAAGGUCCCUGGUCUCCCUGGUAACCGCCUGGUGUUUGCCUCCACCGGCCCGGUGAACCGCGAUUACGAUGAUGUCAGGCGUUUCAGUGACGCUGCACUCAACGGCAUCAAACGGGCCUUGAAAGCAGGCAUGCAGCGUCCCCUGCUGGUCUGUCCUCCACACAGGGACUAUAACAACAGCACCUUGGUGGCUGCACUCGGGGCCCUUCAGGCUCUAUACAUGCCUCUGGAAGUGAGGGAGGGGAAUGUAAAACCCAGCGAUCACAAGGUGUGUGUUCUGGGGCUGUGGGCAGCACAGAAGGCAGAGGGACAGAAACUGGUGAAGCUAGCCGACGCCCUGGAGAGUGGCAGACUGGCGUGUCGUGACAUCGGUGGCUCAGACCCUGAACGUAUGGCUGCUCCUCGUGCGGCUGAUUACGUCCAGGAACUCUUCAGGGACAGCCCUGUGCAGGUGGAAGUGGUGAGCGACCUGAAGGUUCUGGAGAAAGAGUAUCCCUGUCUGGCUGCAGUCAACCGCUGUGCCAACAGCGUCCCUCGUCAUCAGGCCAGAGUUAUCAAGCUGCAGUACUGUGGAGAGGGACCGAUCCAAAAGACACUCAUGUUGGUGGGAAAGGGCAUCACCUACGACACUGGCGGAGCAGACAUCAAGGCUGGUGGUUUCAUGGCUGGGAUGCACAGGGACAAGUGUGGAGCUGCUGCUGUGGCCGGCUUCUUCCAGAUUUUAGCCAAGCUGAGGCCAGCACAUCUGAAGGUCAUCGGCUCCAUGGCCAUGGUGAGGAACAGCGUCGGUGCAGACUGCUACGUGGCCGAUGAACUGAUGGUUUCCCGUGCGGGUCGCAGAGUGAGAGUGGGAAACACAGACGCUGAGGGACGGAUGGUGAUGGUCGACCUGCUCUGUGAGAUGAAGGAGAAGGCGGUACGUGAGACUUCUCCUCAGCUGUUUACUAUCGCUACUCUGACGGGUCAUGCUAUCAGAGCCAUGGGACCAAACUACUCUAUCAUCAUGGAUAAUGGACCCGCCCACCGCAGUGAAAAUGCUGCUCAGUGGCAAAAAGCUGGAGAGGUGUUGGGUGACGUGUUCGAGGUGUCCAGUAUCAGACGGGAGGACUACGAGUUCCACAAGGGCAAGUCCGAGUACGAGGAUAUUCUGCAGUGCAACAACCUGCCGUCCUCGGCCACACCUCGAGGACAUCAGACCCCUGCGGCUUUCCUCAUCAUGGCCUCAGGGCUCGACAAGCAUGGUGUGGAUUCUGAUGCGCCUCUGCCGUACUCCCACAUUGACAUCGCUGGGUCCAGUGGUCCUUUCCCCGGGGUCCCAACAGGAGCCCCCAUCCUCGCCAUGGCAACCAACUACAUUCUGCCUGAUGGUCUCUAAAUAAGAUAACCUAGUAUAAAAAAAAAAAA